GCUCGACGACUGGCUCGACGACUGGCUCGGUGACUGAGCCGGAGCAGGCGAAUGUUACUACUUGGUAGAGAUGCACGCUUGUGAUUAAAGGCACCACACGCGCGCUGCACGAUGACGAACAACCAACUACAAACUACAAGUGUCACCUGUAAUUACCACGUCGAGCACUGCAUCGCGCCGCGCGUCGGCAGUCUCGUGACACCGUGUCCUACCGGGAUACCUAUGCGGUCGUCGUGUGUCCCCGGUUGCUGGAGGCGGUGUCGUUGCGCGGUGGCACUCGACGCACGUCUCGACAUGUCAUGCCGGUCUUGUCGCGUCUCAGAACAGGUGAUGUGGUGGUGGCGUGUGUGUAUACAACGCAUGCCAGCCAUUUCUCUUCACGGUGGCAACCACGACGGAACAGGGGCACGGUCGCGCUGCAGGCCAGACGGGCGUCUGCAAGCACCAACAAUGGAACAGGUUCGCACGCAUCACCACGGGGAAUCAACUCUGCAGUGCUGCUGGGCAGAUGGCCAAGACACGGUUGGAGAAUCAUUCGCUGCACGGCGAAUGGCGGGCUGCAGCGUCGUGACAGCGAAACAGUGCAUAUGCGCAGCGCUGGUUGAGGGGUGCCAGCACAUCAAGCGCGGGGCGCGCAGAAGACAAGCCAUGUAUGGGGACCCCGGCCAGCAGGUCAAGGCAGACGGGCGCGCGCAGGCCAGGGCAGACGGGCGCGCGCAGGCCAGGGCAGACGGGUGCACGCAGGUCAGGGCAGACGGGUGCACGCAAGUCACGGGGCGCGCGUUGGGGUGCAGGACAUGUCGAUUCUCACCUUGCAGCGACCGACGAGAAACAUGGCAGUCGUGUGCUGUGGCGUGCUGUGGUGAGAGGUGGGUGGUGUGCAGAUUCUGGGCUAGCGCUGCGGCUGCAGAUUGGGCCAGCCGCUGCGGGAGGAGGCGGGCGGGCGUCAAAACAAACACCAGGCGAGGCUGGCGGUCCAGUCGACUGGACAAGUGGGACGCUGGAGUCUGGACGUGUGUUGGUGUGGGCGGCUGGUCGAGGGUCCCUCGUGUCUCAGCAGUGCGCUGCGAGCUGGACGGUGGCGCUGCGAGCUGGACGGUGGCGCUGCGAGCUGGACGGUGACGGUGACGCUGCCCUCGGUCUGCGGUGAUGCUGGCGCGCGAAUGCCCGACUCGAGCACCGACUCGAGCACCGACUCGGGCCCUGCCAAUCAUCCAUCGCGAGCGUGUGCA